AUGAUGACCGAAAACAGAAUUAGUGCAAUUAAUCACGUCGGAAACAGUAUAAAUAAUCAGAAAGGAGAUGUUGAUAAAACUGUUGAUGACAUGGGAUGGAAAUCAAAAUUAAAACUGCCACCUAAAGACGGAAGAAUAAAAACCAGUGAUGUAACAGACACAAGAGGAAAUGAGUUUGAAGAAUUUUGCCUCAAGAGAGAAAUCCUGAUGGGUAUUUUUGAAAAAGGAUGGGAAAAGCCAUCACCUAUUCAAGAGGCUUCAAUACCCAUUGCUCUCAGUGGUAAAGAUGUACUUGCUAGGGCCAAGAAUGGGACUGGAAAAACGGGUGCAUAUUGUAUUCCAGUAAUAGAACAGGUGGAUCCUAAAAAAGAUUGUAUCCAAGCUUUAAUUGUGGUCCCAACAAGAGAACUAGCAUUACAAACUUCACAAAUCUGCAUUGAGUUGGCAAAACACACUGAUAUACGUGUGAUGGUUACAACGGGAGGCACAAACCUCAGAGAUGACAUCAUGCGUAUAUACCAAAAUGUUCAAGUGAUAAUUGCCACACCUGGUCGUAUUAUUGAUCUCAUGGACAAGCAAGUAGCUAAAAUGGACCAGUGUAGAAUGUUGGUACUUGAUGAAGCUGACAAACUUCUCUCUCAAGACUUCAAAGGCAUGCUAGACUUGGUUAUCUCAAGAUUACCAAAAGAACGCCAAAUCUUGCUAUUCUCAGCCACUUUCCCAUUAAGUGUAAAGCAGUUCAUGGAAAAACAUCUCCGGGAACCAUAUGAGAUUAACCUGAUGGAGGAACUAACACUGAAAGGAGUCACACAAUAUUAUGCAUUUGUACAAGAAAGACAAAAAGUGCACUGUUUAAAUACACUCUUUUCAAAGUUACAAAUUAACCAAUCAAUAAUAUUUUGCAAUUCGACUCAGCGCGUGGAGUUGCUCGCCAAGAAGAUAACAGAGUUGGGCUACUGCUGCUACUACAUCCAUGCGCGGAUGGCGCAAGCGCACAGGAACCGCGUGUUCCACGACUUCCGCGCGGGUUUGUGCCGCAAUCUCGUAUGCUCAGAUCUGUUCACGCGCGGUAUCGACGUGCAAGCCGUGAACGUCGUCAUCAACUUCGACUUCCCGCGCAUGGCCGAGACGUAUCUGCACCGCAUCGGGCGGUCGGGCCGCUUCGGUCAUCUCGGUAUCGCCAUCAAUCUCAUCACGUACGAGGAUCGGUUUGCUCUCCACCGUAUCGAGCAGGAACUCGGCACGGAGAUAAAGCCGAUCCCGAAGGUAAUCGACCCCGCCCUGUAUGUGGCGCGCGUCUCCGAAGAAGAUGACGGCGCGGACAAGUAA